ACCGACAAAGCGCUGCAGUUGCGACGGUGUGCAACCGUCUUUUUUCGACUGCAGCAUGAAGCGGGUUAUAGCAGCGUUGGUCAUGAUGACGGUUCUUCCUCCUUUGAUGUCUUAUCCUUUGAAGGAUUCUGCUAGUAAACUAUUCAAAAGAGGUACGUUUACGUGUUCUACAUAACUAAACUGAGCUUUAUUUCAAUCUGUAAAAAGGGUAACAUUUUAAGAGGGAGAUAAUCUUGUGUUUUUUACGGAUAGUAUAAGUUCUGUCAGAAUCAUCGUAUCCGGACUUAUAGAUUGGAUAGCUCAUCACGAUUUCUUGAAAUUAGCAUUUUAUUACCGAUCGACUCUUACUUGAGGUUUUUGAACUAACAGAAAAAAAUUUAGACGUUUUAAUUAUUUUUGAAAUCUUACAAUGUGUUUACAGUACAUGAAUCAUUAACGUUUUGCAGCAUAAAUGCUCAAAUGGGUUAUGUUAAACUAAAGUCUUGUGCGCGUGUUUCUUAAACUAUCCGUUUAAGCGGAAAAAGAGUAAAUUAGUUACUCGUUGUAAGAAUCGAAAAUUGAAAUCCGAGUUGCGUCUUGCCCUUCGCCCCAAGCCCUCUGUGUUAAUAUCAAACCAUUUUGAUUAAACUCGAUUGCUAUAAUAAAAGUUCGUUUCAAGCUUCAAACUUUAGUUUUAUGUCUUAACGUAGACAGUGAGGUAGGCUAUACUUUCGUUUUUUAAAAAAAAUUAAAUAAAUUAAGGAGACACAAGCUACCCCCCAAUGAUACGACUCGGCUGGUUUCCAUAGAGGGCGAGUUUACACAUGAAAGCAAAACAUUAAGACCAAUAUUACAUUAACUGCAGAUUAUAUACAACAACCACUAAAAAUACUAGCACAUAACUAGAAUAAGAAUUGCAUUGGAUAUUAAAGUGAACUGAUAUAAAGAUAUACAGUUUGGUAUGACCCGAUACACAUGCAUCUUAAUGUUCUUUUUAAAAGCAGGGAGUGCCUUUGCUACUACUUGCUUCAUUCAAUUGUUGGCUCCAAAGCACAGCACGCGCGGCUAAACGUGUUAGUUUUAAGUGACACUGUGUUGGUGGGGAAGUGAAACAAGAAAAUCUGGUAUUAUCAGCUGAGUUAUUUUACCUAAGGCUCUUAGUUAACGUUUUUUGUGGUUUAAGGUCACUUACUUUAUAGCCCCCUAUUUUUUAGUUUAUGGAAAUGCACAUCUUUAUUUUUAGGAAUAAAAGGUUUGAAAAUAGGGGCUAAGCAACUGGGGCUUAAAGACAGGUUUAUCGUCAGUCUUAACAAGCUAGUCGAGGUCACGUCUAGUCCUAACAAUUGAAUGCACUUUUCAUGUGAUAAUGAUUCUUUAAUACAACUGAUUACUGAAAUACUGACAGUACCAUUACUUAAUGAUAAUAUGAUAAGCUCCAUUUUUACACUAACCAAUCGUCUUUUGUUUUCAUUCCAGUGAGAAGGGAACAGCAACCUGACCAAGAUGCGAUCAAAAACGAAACUGACGUUCCUCCUGGCUUGGGUGGGACAAAUGUUCGUUUUCCAAGUAAGUUUUUAAAUAAUAUUUAUUUGGUACGAGGGUUUUUUAUUGGAGACAACCACUUUCAAAAUGGUCGAGAAACAAUUGCAGAAAAAGAUGCUUUCUUUGCGCUUCUCGGGGGGGGAUCUUUAAAUAACAAAAGAUUCUCAUCUCUUCCGCUGUUCAAAGUUGUUACUGCAAGCUUAAAGUCGACCUUGGAAUCCUUGUAACUGUAACAGCGGUGGAGAGGGGCUUAAACCAUGCUACGUGCUUUGACAAACACCAUUUUUGGCUUUGUAAGUCACAGUAUCUCGAGGCUUUUGACAACUUGAUGGAGCUUACAUCUGGCUUACGAUUAACGUGAAGCAUGAGAAUUGCCUUUUUCUUCGGUUAACAAACCUGCCUCAUACUAAGUUUUGUAAAUUUGACAAUUUUACAAGGGAAAUGGUUGACUUCAGACAAAUUGUACCAAAUUUAGAUUGGAAUAAUAUGUCAUAAAAAUUUUAAUCUGUUUAGUUAAUGAUGUGAUUAAAACUCAAUCAGUGUUUCGUCUGCAAGAUUCUCUUCUUGCGAGCAUAGUGACUUAUUGAAGAAGUGCCGCCUCUCAAUUCUUCAGUUUUAUACGCCAAGUUUUUAAAUUUUUAGUUUGUGCAUGGGCUUUUCACUUCAUUUCAAAAGUCUUCAAUACUUUGUAAGCGCGUUAUCUUCCUUUCAGUUUGUAUCUAUAGACUGGGAAUGGCAAACAGGUUUGUCAUUCGAGAUCAUCAGAUCACUGCUUCGUCUUCGUACCCGCGUGCUCAUCUACAACCUCACAUGGGUCGACUGGACAACCCGUGGGGUUCCUGGUGCGUAAAACGAAAACACCCAGGACCGCAUUACAUGCAGAUCGAUCUUGGUAUGUACAGAAACAUUAUAUACUAGUGUGUUUUUUUUAAAAUUUUCCUUAGUCAGUUGAAGCAAAAUGUCCACACUGUAAAUCAGAAAGAUCCGUUUUAGCCCUAAUAAUGAGGCCGUUUCGGUGAGUAAAAUACAGCCCAAUUAGCUAGGGCUGAUUUCGACCCAGGGGCUGAACUGGGGCCCAGAGCGGGUUGGAAUAGGCUUUUGAUGGGGCUGUUUUAGCUUAAAUUAUACUCUAAUGGCUCUGAGAGAGGCUGAAUCAGACCAUAGCCUGCAGGGCUGAAUUGGCACUUUCGGGAUCAACCAGAUAUUUUUAAUUGUCAGUGCAAUCACUCUUUUUUCACCAUAUUUUCACCCGAAACAGAUUGAUAGAGUGAACUAAACGAGGGUCUCUUAAUGCAAUUUCAAUUGCCAAUUAACCCCAGUUAACGCAAGCUUUAUGGAUCCUGUUACCCCCAAAUCAGUGUCCCUGUCCUGAGUUCGUUUUGGCCGGGAAGAAUGCAAUGCACACCCUCAAUGCAAACCUAGGGUUUCUUAGCUAAAUUCGGGGCGCUGUUCAGACUCCUCGUCAAUCCCUGAGUUCAUUUGGGCCAGGCAAACUGUAAUGCGGAGUAAAAUGAGUUACGUAAGGAGAAAAUGAAAUAUCUAAGCAAUAACGCCAUGAUCUAUUUGUCCUUCUAUUCCAUGCUACACCAAAGGCAGUCGAAGCCUAUGACACAUCGCCCAAAAAUGAGACGUUAUGGGUGUAGGGGAUAUUGACAUAUUCUCCAACACAGCUUUGUACUGUGUAUGAACUCCUAUGGGAUUCUCCAGUGGUUCUUUUAGCUCAAUUUUCAUUAUAUUUUAAAGGUAUCACAAGACUGGUCAGCGGUGUCAUUACGCAAGGUGCGCGACAUACGCCUGACUAUGUAGCUCAAUAUCGCGUCAGCUACAGUCUUGAUGGUCAGCGUUGGACUGUCUAUAAAGAGAAUGGCACAGAAAGGGUAAUACAAUAUAUGUACAUGUGUCAAUUGUGAUCAUAUUACUUUAUUGAGUGGAUUGACUCUGGACCGCCCUGAAUACUACCUCCCCAACCUUCCAGACGGAUUAUCUCAUGAAGACCUGAUGAUCAUUGAUAAACUGCCCCCUCAACAGGCUUCACAAGGUUUAGUUGGGGAGCACGGAACAAGCAAGAAGCGCGAGAGGGGGAUGAUGGGAACUAGCGUAGAACGUGAGCUUUCCCCCUUCCUCCCGCCAAAUGAUCACGAGUGACUGAGGAUGAGGCAGAUUGUUAAGAUAACAGGGUUUCCGAAUUCUCUAUCAUAUAUUUGCGGAACUAUUGUUGACCAGUUCCGCGUGUUCAGCUUGUGGGGACGGGGCGAAGAGAUGUGAGCAGGAAAAACAGCCAAGGUGUAGGGUAGCGUGUGAGAGCCAAGGAUACCUCCUUUCCCUCCCCUCUCCCCAACUAUCUAAACGCCUGAAACAGGCUACAUUGAUGUUUGUUAUUUGACGGACAUCUUCACUUCCAUCAGCUUUUUCAAGGUUUCUACUAUCAGUUCACAAAUCACUUCCGUUACCGUGUGGCAGCAAGAUACAUAAGAAUUCUUCCCCAGGCUUUUCGUGGUUAUCUAUUGUGCAUGAGAGCAGAAGUAAUUGGUUGUUCAUUUAGUCAAGGUAAGGCAAUGCUAACAAAAAUCAAUGAUAACCUUUUUCAAGCUGACUAGUUUUGGCUUUUCAAACUCCACGUAAGCUAAGUGGGCGGCGUCUAUUAGACAGAGGGCGUUUAUUAGAGAGGGGUGUCUAAUAAAAAUUUUACAUCGCAGGGAAGGCUUUUAUUUGAGCGAGGACGUCAGUUAGACCAUUUACGGUACACCAAAGUUACUUUUGGCGUAAUUAACACUCUUAAUCUCUUUUUUUCCUGAAGCAUCCUUAAUAUCCAAGCUAGAAAGUAUUUUCUUGUAAUUUAUCAGACUGUGAUGGCUAGGGGAAUUGCUGGUUUCAACCACGCGACAGGAUAACCAUACCGGUUAACAAAACAACAAACGUUUUUUUUUCUCGUCCCCCAUCAAGCAUUAUGGGCUCUCUAACUAAUUUUGUUUCGUUCGCCAUGUUUAGUUAAUCUGGCAUUUAACCAGACAGCCCAGCAGUCAAGCACGCAGGGGGACGCUGUAGCCUCGAAAGCCAUUGAUGGAAACUUCAAGGGUGGUAAGAGUUAUAUUCAGGAUCUAAGAAACCCUGAGUUUCAAAAUUCUUACUUAGUAUCAUAACCGCUUUUUUCUCCUCUAGAUUCCUGCUCCCUGACCCAGACUCAAGACAAGCCUUGGUGGCGAGUGGACCUGGGAUACAGCACGACGAUAAGAGAGCUCUAUAUCGCUGGCCCUCCAAAUGGCACCGAAUUAAAAGAAUUUGAGAUCAGGAUUGGUGAAAGUUUAGAAGACAAUGGAAAUAAAAAUUCAAAAUGUGGCGAAAAGCACAGCAUAAGGCCUGGUGAGAUUAAAACCAUCAGCUGUAAUUUGACUGGACAGUACAUUAACAUCCAGGUGCCUGAGAGUGGAAAGGCUUUGUCUCUUUGCGAGGUGGUACCUUACGGGAUGGGUAAGUGAUAUAUCAAACACUAGACACAGUGUUUCACCCCUUUUCAAACACUGAAAACAGAGUUAAAAAUAAGACGCACAGCGGAGUGAUUUUGACGAACUUCUAUUAUUGUUUGAAAUUUUAAGGAAGCACGAGAUCUCUUGUUUGAUAUGACGUUUCAAUCAACGUGAUUUUCAAAGAGACAUUUAGGAUGGAAAAACAAGCGUUUUUCAUAAGAUAUCCUGCAAGUAAUGGCGUUGUUUUCCCAUUGGUUUUGUUUUAUGAACUUCAACUCGAACUUGGAUUCCAAUUUGAAUAUUCAAACUCAAAAUCAAAUUUAAUCUGUGCUGGAAGUGUAGGACUUUAACUCAAACUCAAUUUCAAACUCAAAAUCUAAUACUAUACUCACUCAAAGUCGAUCUCGAUUGCGAAUUGCAACCGUCGAAGUCAAUGUAAACAAAAUGCUACAACACUAAUUAAUAUCGAACUCAAAGUGAAACUCAAAAUCAGUUAAGGUCGUGUUGUCUUCAGUGAACCUUAUCGGUUGGAUUUUUCUUUAAUAAUGGAUUACCUCAAAUGAAAACAAAAAAUGUGUGCUGAUACUAAAAGUAAACGUUUUUUGCAGAUCCAAAGAUGGUUAACUUCAAUCCUUACAUAGUUCUGCAAUACGUAAACUAUGUUCGAGCUCAAAAGUAUAUGCAACAGCUUCGACUACAGCAAGAAAAAUUAAGAAACGCAACCUUAGAGGCCCAGAAAAAAGGUCAACAAGUCUUACAGCAAGGACAACAAGUAAGCUAAGCCACUUUAGUUGGGUUUUGUGAUUAGCUUCAUCUAACCGAAUUAAUUGACCAUCAAUUGUCUGAAGGUAGGUUUGAAAAAUGUAGCCAUAGUUUGUAAACAUAACCUGGGAAAGACUGGAAAAACAGCAUUGUGAGUUCCACGAUUCUAUAGCAUUACCAGCUCAACUAACUCAGUAAAGGCUUAUUAGAUCAGAUUAUAUCUCUGCGUGUACGUUUACUGGUUUAAGUAAAGUAGUCAUUUCAUAAAUAGGUUGAGCAUGAUCGUCCGGGUGAACGUAGUCCUUAAUAGGACUGUUGUUUGCAGUGACUGACGUUUGACAACCUAUGGGGUAGUAAUCUUUAGGGUCAAAGUGAGUAUCACGUCAGUUGAUGUUAUUAAGCUUUAUUAAACUCUGUUUAUUGACCUGAUUGAUCAAUAAUGUCGCGAUGUUAUUUGUUGUCGGUUUCUUAAGCCUUGAUGCUAUUGGCUAUGAAGACUCUAAAUAAAUGUGAUUGAUGCCGGCAUUCUGAUACGACUUUUGCCACAGUUUAACGGUCGUAUAUUUUUAGUCCAAUUCAUUCUAUCAUUGUCAGUUUUUCUUGAGUCCGUCAAUAAGUUCUUUUCGCUUUAAGGCGAUUGGUGGAGCUCAACAACAGGGACAGCAGUUGGCUGGCCAGGGUCAAGCUGCCAUUGGUGGAGCACAGCAACAGGGCCAGCAACUACUUGGGCAGGGCCAAGCCGCUCUUGGCGGAUUUCAGAGUAAGUCAUUAAGUACCACAGUCAUUACAUAGUUGAAUUCUGUUCUGACUACGAUAUAGUAACUAAAUGAAAAAAUGACUUAUAAAACCCACCCACGCAACUGAACAUCAUCAACAACAAGCAACAUCAAGGAAACAAGUUAACAAAAUCUCAUAUUUUGUUUGAAAAGUAAAGAAUGGCUUGACAAAAAGUAUAUUGCUUUAGGUUACCUUAUGUGUUACCCACAUUUUGCUGAACAGAGAACCGCUCGGAUUUAUUAUUAUUUUUUGCUAUGCCUUUCCCUUUUAAGAACGAAUGAAACCUUUCCAUACUAUUUUUAAUGAAUGGAAUUGUAGAUUAUGUGUUAAACUUCAUCUGAAAUAAAAAGUCCUUAGUGGUAGUCUCUUGUUGUAGAUCAAGGCCAGCAAGUAUGGGGACAAGCGCAAGGGGCACUGGGUAAUGUCCAAGGUCAAGGUCAGCAGGCCUUUAAUCAAUUACAAAGUCAAGGUGCAGGCAUGGCAAACCAGUUUCAAAACCAGUUUAACCAGUUCCAGAAUCAGGGUGCUGGAAUGUUGAACCAGUAUCAGAAUCAAAUGAACCAAUUGCAAGGUCAAGGAAUGGGUAUGGUAAACCAGUUCCAAGGGCAGUUUCAAAACCAGUUUAAUCAGUUACAAGGUCAAGGUCUUGGCAUGGUAAACCGUUACCAAGGACAACUACAAAACCAGUUCAACCAGCUUCAAGGGCAGGGUAUGGGAAUGGUAAACCAGUAUCAGAACCAAUUACAAAACCAGUUUAACCAGCUACAAGGCCAAGGGGCAGGAAUGCUUGGCCAAGCACAGAACCAAAUGAACCAGUUUCAAGGUCAGGGGAUGGCAUUGGCCAACCAGCUUCAAGGGCAAGGACAGCAACUGGCCAAUCAGUUACAGGGACAGGGAAUGGGAUUGGCCAAUCAAAUUCAAGGUCAAGGCAUGGGUGCUGUGAACCAGUUACAAGGGCAAGGUGUGUAAAAUCCUGCACUUUUAUGUUUACCAUUGUUUUUAUCUUGCUUACGGGCCAGGGGAUUAGGGACCAAAGUUUGUCGGGCAGAACGAGUGGGAAUGGCCUCCUUAGCUUAGCAGGCGAUUGAAAGUUAUGAGCGCAAGAAAGAAAGGGGUGCGCGAGGGAGACGCGCCACAUUAGUUCGAAGAGGCGCCAGCUAAGCAGGCUGGAGUGGGAAUAUAGCCGGAUUAUAGACCCCGUUCAUUUUCUACUUACCUUGUGUUCGAACCAAACGUUUUUAAAAACGUACUUUUAUCAAUGGAUGCCUGUUUAACUUUAAUUGAAUUAUAAUUAGCAUUCUUUUUAACUUUUUGAUAACUGAUCAGUGUAAACCUUGCACGUUUAACUGAUCAACAAACCUUAUGUUAGCCAGGUGUUGUUUAACCGCUACCGCGAUUGUUUUGGUCUACCAAAGAUAUCUUGGUCCUUUAUGCUAGCAUGACAUUAAAAUUUCAUUCCAGGUAUGAAUGCAUUUAACCAGCUUCAGGGACAAGGGCUGGGAGUGGCCAAUGACUUAACAAAAACUACAGAUGGUCUGACUGAAAAGGUAAAAACUGCACGAUACACAAAUUAAUAAGUCUACUCAAAAUCUCUUACAAAAUUUUAUAAACCCGGGGCGUUAAACGGGGUUUAUAACUUGAACUUUAUAGCAGGGAUCUUGUGUGAACCGAUGAACCGUUGGCCUUAACGCCUCAUUUUGACGAGCAGGUCAGCUGGGGCAAUAACUGCUUUUGCUCUUUCUUCCAAAAGUGAGAAGUACUACACUUGACGACCUUUACAUUGGUAUCAUUAUGAUCCUUGUAAAGGCCGUGUAAAGGCCGUAUAAUCUCCUUGAGAUAUCAAUUCUGAUAGAAUUUUUGUUUGCUUCUCUGCACAGGCUAAAGACUUUUACAAAAAGGUAGGAUUGAGUUUUUGAUUAAAAUUGAGAAAUUAUUUUAAAAAACUAUUUGCGAUGUGUUAAAUCAGUUUUUUGAUACGAUAUAUUUCUCAUUUUGACACAACUGUCUCUACAAUUAAUCUGUAGUUAAAGCCCUGGGUUACGAAGGCGGAGGACUUUUACAAUGACCAAAUCAAGGGACAUUAUUUUGACAUGGCAAAAGGUAAGUACUUUAAGAAUUUCAAAGUAUUGUACACAAUGAUUGAGUCAGCAUGUCCUAAAAGCAAUGACAAAGGGAAACAGCUAUUUAGUUUUAUCAGACGUUGAAUAAUUCUUACUUGCAAGGUGAAAUGCUUAAUGAUUGUACAACUAUUAAAAUUCACUGUUAAUAGAGAAAGUCGUUACGUCACGUUGCCACGGUAGCGAAAUUUCUGGAUGAAAACAAACUAAAAAAGUCACUUCAAAAGUAAAUUCGCACUGUUUCAAACUUCAUCAGUCUUAUUCAGUUUCAUUUAAUUUGUUAAAUGUUGGCAAAAUUUUCUGGGGCUGAAUCCGAAAGGAUCGUAUCUGAGUUUAGAAAAACAAAAAGAAAAUUUUUUGUGCUGUGUUCACCAGGGAGCGGGUGCGUGAAAUUAGGAAGUUCCAUGUCGCAGUCGUGCAACGACGGCUAAGAAAUGUACAAAAAAGCGUGGUGCACUUGCAAAGUUGUUGUUUUGCUAAUAUUAACCUAUUGCUUCUUUGCCGUUCUUGUUGUUUGUUGUCAUCCACAAUUUUUGCUGCCAUGACAACGUGACGUCACACUUCCCCUCUCUAUUAGUCACGUUUUAGACGCAAACACUGAGGGUAUUUUCGCGCACAGUGUACACAACACAUUUUCCAUACAGUGACUACAGCCUGCAACAUUUUGCCUAACAUCUGCAGAGCGGUUGCCAAGCCUACGACGAGCAAUGUUUUUGUUCAGCGGUUAAAUUUAUGGGAUAAAAGUUGGAGGUUGAGUCACAGUGAGUUAAAAUGUCGCAGAAUAGGGACGAGAUUCUUAUACUGAAAUAUUUUGCACCAUGCAUAUUUUCAAAGGCGGUCACGCAUGCACGCUAAUUAUAAACCAUUGUAUGCAAUUCCCUGUCACGGUCUUGAAUUCUUGCCGUGCUUUUGCAUAAAUAAUUCUGAGUUCAUUGACACUUUUCUUAAACACAGAGUGGUUCGAUCGUGGCAAAGAAUAUGGUUUGAAAGCUUUGAAAGUCUUUGAAGAAGCCGUCUUGUCUGAGUUUAAAGGACUGAUCGGUGAUGUUGGAGGAGAACUUUCGUCAAUUACAAAAUACGAUACGGCCGAUAUUAAAGGCUUGUUGGUUAAUGUGGAUAAAGAGAAAAUUAAAAAGCUUGUGGAGAGAGUCAGACCCCUUAUUCCGGAAUAUUACGACAAAGCAAAGAGUAUGGCUACAGAUAUUUUUGAACAGGGAAAAGAAGAGUUCGAUAAAAUCAGAGAGCAAGUCGAACAGGAGGUAGGAUAAAUUUUAAAAUUAUUUUACUUUUAGUAGGAGCGCAAAAAGUCCGUCGAAUCAUUGAUAAGACAUUUUCGGAAGCGAUUACAUUGUCAGUACUACUCCUCACUAUGGUACGAAACUUUAUGUUAUUCGCUUGGGUUACAAUCCAGCCAAAUUCCCUAAAAAGCCCUCCAAAGAAAAACGUUUGAACAAAAUCGGAAAUAGCCGAGGGAAUUAAAACACUAGGUUGAGAGGUUUUAUAAGGUUUUGUUUUCCGUUUUAUUACGGAGUGGAAUAUAAUUUAUUUCCCUUCCACUUGAAAUAAGAAGGACAUUCAGCCUUAAGCAUUUUAGCAAAGCCUGGGGGUACUUAAGGGAAGUUCGGAAGGAGAUCUGCCGCCGAGUCCUGCAAACCGUUUCUUUCGCUACCCUGACGCCAAAUAGCGAAAUUGUACACCCUGUUCAAGACUCGAAACAUACCCAUUAAGGCGAAAUAAGGGAGGGUCCCCGAGGAAACAAAGAAUAACACUCAAACCACUUUGAGUGCGCUCUGUUUCUAGGUUGGUAACGCCCAGAAAAUGGGCGAGGACCUAUCACAAGAGGCCAUGGGGUUAGGAGGCGAACUUCAACAGCAAGGCAUGAGCGCAGUUGGACAAGCGCAGCAAGCAGGAAUGGGUGCACUGGAAAAUGCAAGGCAAACAGGGCAAGGACUUGUCCAACAAGGGCAACAGAGUUUCAGUAAGUGACGAUUAAGUGUACACUGUUUCGUAUGAUCGCCGCCCCUGUACUAUAGCGACUCAACGCCGUCUUCAGGCCUUCCCCUCCCAUUUUCCAAGGAAUAACUCGGGGACGAUGUUAAGACACACUGUUUGCAUUUAUAUGGGUCAGCUGAAAUGAUAAAGGUCCGAGUUAUAAUACAAACGUUCCAUCAAACACUUGAUUGACGAUUAAGGUGCCGAAAUUCAGAAAAUUUAGCAGAUGCUUUGUUCAUUAAAACAAAGUGAAUUCUUUAUAACAUCUCAGUCAGCAAAAACUUAACACUCGUGCGAUCGUCCGAAUAGCAAACAAAGUACGGAACGGAAGUUCAACCAUGAAAUACAUGUAAGUACGUUUUUACAAAAGGUUUACAAUGUUCAUCAUCAUUCGCCUCUUCCGGUCGGUUAUGUCAUACAUUAAGGCAUAACCCUAAGCCUUGUGAAAAACUUUGUAGUUACCUUUUGCAGUAAUCGUCGUCCUAAAUCAUAUUAAUUACCUCUUUCUGUACUUAGGAUAAACUUUUACUUCAAACAAACUCAAACUGCAACACAGCACUUUUGUUCAUAGUAACGUUUUAUUGAAAAUUCUCCUACUUACCAAGUCUUACUUGUUCUUUGUUAAAUUAACGUUUCCCUAAUUGACAGAUCAAUUACAGCAACAAGGAAUGGGAAUAUACGGUCAAGCUCGUCAAACAGGUAUGGGCGCUUUUAACCAGAUGAGGCAGCAAGGAAUGGGAGCCUUGGGACAAGUGCAGAGUAUGGGCCAGCAAGGAUUACAGCAGGUGCGUUUGCAACUGUGGCAGUCAGUUUAACGUUGGUAAAAGGUAAAGGCAUACAUGAGCCAAAGGCCCAAACGACCGUAGGUUAUCCAGGUUUCCUUAGCAUGAAGCAUGCCUAGGAGUAUUCCUACUCUCCUUGGACGGGAUACUAGUCCAUCGCAGGGUUAAUCCCAGGAGUAUGUCGCCGGGGUGAAGAGAGACAAAGUGGAGUAAAGUUCCUUGUCUAAGGAGACAACUCCACGGUCGAAGGCUUGAACUCCGGACCUCCAGAUCCGGAGUUCGAGGUGUUCGACUUCGGCCACACACGCCUCCAUAUCAACGUGCUCUAUCGUAAACUUCCCGCUUAUGAACAACAGCCUCCCCAGUUAUAGUCCCAUCUACCUGUAUACCAUGAAAUACAUCCGACCCCCACCCCCCUCUAGUUAGCUUGUACUGAAAUGAACUUGUUUUUUUACACCGUUUUGAAGCUUAAAAAAGCGACUAAAUUCAAAAAGCAUUUUGAUCAGCACUGACAAGUAGCUUUUUUUUGUUGUUGUUGCCUGUUUUGAAAGGCUUUUUUAGUCCGGUUAGCUCCUCCCUUCCCCGUUUAUAAACCCUCGCAACACCCUCACGAAGUUGUUAAGCCCAUGGCUUAUAAGCAGAAGUUAACGGUAUUGUAGUAGAGAAACGGUCAUUCUGUAAUACACUCUUUGCUAGGAUUCCCGAUUGCUGGGUGGUUAUUUAAUGGUAGCGAAACUCCCAAAACGCGCUCCCAAAGCCCUUUCGGGUUCAUAAGAAAGUGCGUGUCCGUUCCUUGAUCUGCAUGUGUAUGGAAAGCCGAUAACAUCUCAAUUUUUUUGGCAAAAAAUUCCUCUCCAUUUAAUUUCUCUAUUUCACUAUACUGGACUUGGGGAACUGUAUACCGAACUUUUACCAUUUUGUAAUGUUCACUCCUGUUAAUAGUUGUUUCUUGAAAGGGAACUCCUCUUUGUGCAUUAGAUAAAAUAUUUUCAAUCUUCCAAUUUCAUAGGCUCAAAAUCUUCAGGGCCAACUAAUGCAAACUGGUCAGGGUUUGUAUGGUCAAGCACAGAACAUGGGCCAGGGGCUUCAAGGGCAACUCAUGCGGACAGGGCAUGGUUUAUACGGACAGGCCCAGAGCAUGGGAUCUGGUCUACAAAACCAACUACUGCAGACUGGCCAGGGGCUGUAUGGUCAGGCACGGAGCAUGGGUCAGAGUGCCUUCCAACAAGGAAGGUCGCUCGGGAGUCAGCUGCAGCAACAGGGGCAAAACGCUUUCCAACAAGGAGUAGGAAUGGCGCAAGGUUUUCAAGGUCAGAUCAGAGUUAUAUAUAAAACACCAUAAUCCACAAUCUUUCUGCAUCGCAUGUCACUUAAAUUAAAAGAAGCUGUGUAUAUGACAGGUAUCAACACCUUAGUCAAGUUUUAAAGCAACAUGUACGAAUAGUUUUAACACUGAGGUGAUUUGAGACGAGCUAUGAGAAGAAUGGGACAAAGAUCGACAUUGCAAAACUAUAUAUGGUUUAUAGUGGUCAGUUCACAGUUGUUUUUACUGAGCUUUUUAGCGCAGACGAGCAGGGAGGUCUUCACUGCAAGAUCGAGUGAUCGCCUUUCUAAGAAUUUAAUCAGAUUUAUGAUUUAUCUCAGGCUACCUUUCUGCAGUGUAGCAUACACUUUUGAGCCUUCACAAUCUUUUCGCUUUCAGACGGGUUUUGUACGAGGACAUAAAAAGUUGAAGCAGUCAAAGUCAAUGUCAAGGCUCUAAUGUUAAUUUCCAACUUUUUGCAGGGAUGGGUCAAAACUACCUUGGGCAAGCAAUGAAUAUGGGUAACGCCUAUCAGCAGCAAGGUAUGAAUCUAAUGAAUCAAGGGAGACAAAUGUCACAGCAAAUGGCUGGCCAGGUACCGAGCCCACAGCAACAAUGGCAGCAGCUCUUAAGCAUGGGACAGAAUCUUCAACAGCAAGGUGCACAGCUGCAGAGUCAGGGGGAGGCAAUCAAGAAACAGGGAGAGGAGGCAGCUGGUGGUGGAGCUGUCUAGAAGGAGCGGAAGGGGAAAUAUGAACAUUUCUUCCUCCCCCGGGGAUAUUCCUGCCAAUUUAGGAUAGAGGUGUUUCCCGCUGAUGUUUGAAACAUUUUCCUCUUCAGCCAGAGAGCACGAAAGGAUCUUUCCCGUGCGUACCCUCGGGAUUUUUGUACUGUGGCUUUUGCUUUUGUUUCGAGUUGUUGAUGGUUUUGAUAAAAAUGUUUUGUUGUGGUUUCUGCAUUUUUUUUUGCCUGCUUGCAAAGAGAAAAGUUGUUAUCGCAUUCUAACGGAAGAACCCAUGAGCACUGGAAAGAAGAGCAAACAAAGAAUGAAAACAUAAUUUUGUAUAGUAUAGUUCUUGUUAUUAAUAAGUAAUUGACACCUUAAAUUUACUUUUGCGUGUUUUGUACCUGUCGUUAUCAACACUCUUUCCUUAUAAGAAAACCAAACGAUAAUAUUUGGUCUAACUUACAAUGGUUUGUAGAAUUAUCAAUGUCGCUUUUAAUUUUAUUUCAAACAUUUUCCUUCCAGCUACCGUAAAAAUGUGCUCAAUGUCAGUUACCUGAAAAUUUUUGUUGGAGUGACUCGUUAACACGUACGAUCUCUUUCUAGAUGCCCUAAAAUUGAACAAUUCAAGAAUUCAUUUCCCUGCACCCUCUUGUUAGAUAUUUGCAAAAUAAAACAUGGCAUAAGGACAUUAAGAUUGGCAUCUUACAUGCAAGUUCACGCUGGUCCCAGUAAGUUGUAGUUGGGAAUAAAAUAAAACAGUAAGUGGAAUAAUCAAUCGUAACUCUAAUAACAGACUCACUCGUAAGCGGAAAGCUAACAGUGGCUUUGACUACAAAACUGCUUUUCAUUUCUUAAACAGUCUUUGUAUCCACAUUCCCGUGAGCAGCCGUAGCCGACGCCUUUGAGAGAUACGAUUCAAGCCUUCCGUUUCUAAGUUCCCUUAACUGAAGAGUGACUUAUUAUACAGUAAGGGUUUUUUUGGUUUUGAUCGGUCUCGAAAUAACGAGGAAAGAACACAGUGAUUUGUUUGAGUGAAGCCAGCCCCCACGGAAUGUUUCGCCGUAUCCCCUGAGUACUUACAACUCAGAAGGCCCUCUGUUGCAUCUUUAAUAGACAGUCAGUUAAAAUGUGGUUAUUAUGGCUUCACCACUAUUCUUUAUUUCGACAUUACAUUAUCACGUCUAUUUUUAUAGACACGUACUGCCUCAGCUUGUUUUUAUGACUAUAUGGCUGUAGACAUUUUUUUUCAACUAUGCAGUGGAAAAGACGUUACAUUUCUCUAACUCUUACGGAGUCUUAGCUAUGUAAAAAGACAAGGCGUAAAAUUUCAGCUGCUUGCUCCAAACACUACGUAGAGUGGAGUUAAUUUGAUUCAGUCUCGAUCUCUGUUUUCACUUGUCCUUCUUGCGACGGCCGCCCCGUCAGUACCUGAAACUAAGAUGGUUUUCCGUUAUAGUAAGCACAGGACGUUACGAUCUUACGAGAAUAAGGAGACUCUUAAGAUUCAACAUAAAAAUAAAUGGUCGCUUUACGCAACUUCUGCCUGGUGUUUUUCAUUGUUAUACUGUAGAAGCAAGACACGUUACUGUGGGACUAUUUGAAGUCAAAUCGAACUAAUUGAAACAAAAGGAUGUCAGCCUUAGGAAAGACAUGUUAUACAAAAGUUUCAAUACAUCACUUGUCGACUAUGGUAAUAUAACAGUAAAAGUAGUACAAUUGUACACGGAACUACAAAUACAAAAAGUUCAGUCAAUGUUCUGUAUGUUCUUUUGAUACAAAACAUAAACUUUCAUUGCUUCUAUUCAUUAUGUUGUAGUUAGAGUAUUGUAGAAUAUCGAUGAAUCUGGUGAAACUAUUGCUUAUAAAUCAAUGCCAAGUGACCAAGCACCUGGUUUUCUA